ACAAGUAUGGCGGAUUGUACAGAGCCUGUCUACUUUGCCGUUACAAACAUCCCAGUGAAAUUUAGAUCCGCUGACCUCCGAAACUACUUUAGUCAAUUUAUCGAAAGUGGAGGAUUCAUUUGUUUUCACUUCCGUCAUCGACCAGAGAUCCAAAAAGAGACUCCAAGUUCAGACAAUGAACGGAAAGCUCAAGAGGCUGAGACAGAAGCGACAUCACAGAGCAACAACGAGGAUGACGAGAAUAGCCCUACGGAAGACCCCCAAAGAGCGACCAAAGCCGUGAAAAAUGUCAAAUGUUGUUGUUGUGUGGUGUCAGUACACGCCAAGGACGCACAUCGGUUCGUUAAAAUGUACUCAGGAAACCAGUGGAUUGAUUCAAAGGGAAACUGGCUUGCAAAGUGUUGUGUUAUUAGAAGAGUACGAGUUUCGCCCCAGGGUGUCUUCUCUCUGUCCUCCCUUCGACCUUUGACCUCAGGUGAUGGCACCUUUCCAUAUAAGACAAAGGCGCAGCAGCGGCGCCGAGUGGCCCUGAGCGAACACUUUACCGAAGCCGACUUGAAGGCGAUGCCCGAGCUUAACCCUCCCUCCCUGAUGCCCGCCGGUAACGUGGGCACGCCCGUCACCGUCUUUCUCCAGCUCAUCCAGUCCUGUCGCCUGCCGCCGCGCCUCAUCCGCAAGCUCGGCCUCAUCUUCCCCAAGACGGGCUCCAGCCGACGCUACGGCAACGUGCCCUAUCAGUACCAGGGCUCCGGUGAGAUUAUCUCCAGCCCCACGGAAGAGAGCGUGUUCACGGCGAGAGGCCACGAGAUCUGUGGCCCUGGAAAAGUGCCUCCUCCUCUGGCCGGAGGAGAGACUGCUCAGGGCUCCAUGAGCGCCCUGAAGAAUGAGGAGGAGCCUGAGCCAGAGGAGGAAGAGGAGGAUACUGUUCAGUCUGAUGCUGAUGAUGACGAUGACCGCUGUGAGGAGUGGGAAAGGCACGAGGCUCUGCAUGAGGAUGUGACCAGUCAGGAGCGCAGCAAGGAGAGGCUGUACGAGGAGGAGAUUGAGCUCAAGUGGGAGAAGGGAGGGUCCGGCCUGGUCUUCUACACAGAUGCCCAGUACUGGCAGGAGGAGGAGGGAGAUUUUGAUGAGCAAACUGCAGAUGACUGGGAUGUGGACAUGGGCGUUUACUACGACAAAGAUGGAGGGGAUAUGGACUCGCGGGAUUAUGUGCAAAUGCGUCGGGAAAGGAGGUUACGAGACGGCCUGAGAGAAGAGUCCUGCUCCCAGCCUCACAUUGGAAGCUUUGAGAAGUUUACCAAGGGGGUGGGAAGACGUGUGAUGGAGAAACAAGGCUGGAGAGAAGGUGAUCGGUUGGGCCAUAGUCAGAUUGGUUUGGCUGAAGCUCUAGAAAAUGAGGGACAGCAUCCAAAGUGCAAGCGUGGCUUUGGUUACCAUGGAGAAAAACUGAACUCUUUUGAUACAAAAAAACCUAGAAAAGAUUUUCACAUCUCCACGGUGUAUGAUAAGCCCCUAGACAUGGAUAAGGGUGACAGUCUCUUGAGGCGCCAGCCAACCUCCAGCAUGAAGUACAGAGGAUGGACACCAGGGGGCAGCAUUGGACCAAGUAGAUGACGAUGUCAAAGAGAUUUUAGUGAAAAGGUGUUGUUGGAAGACAAAU